GAGCGCCCAGCGCGCUCCGUUGGCGGCGUAUUCAAACGUUUGGACCUGGAUCUUGGGACCGGAAGAACCUUGGGCGGGGCGAGGUUGUUUUUCUUAGCCUCGACGCCGUUCGGUGCGUGGAGGCCCUGGAAGCCCAAGGCUGCAGGUCCCUGAAGGAGAGCAUGGCACUCUCGAACAGAGUCUCCCAGAAGACGAAAGUAAAGCGGAAGGCUCCCCGCGGCUUUCUGAAGCGCCUUUUCAAGCGGCAGAAGCCACACCUGCGACUGGAGGCGCGUGGCGAUUUGCUGGUUCAUCUGAACUGUUUACUGUUUGUUCAUCGGUUAGCAGAAGAGUCCAGGACAAAUGCUUGUGAGAAUAAGUGUGGAGUCAUUAACAAGGAUCAUGUACUGGCUGCUGCAAAGGUUAUUCUAAAGAAGAGCAGAGGUUAGAAGUCAAAGAACACGUUCUUGAAAUACCAUGUAUUAUUUUAGGUAGUAAUAGGUCAUAAGAGCACUUUUAUGGAACAGUUCAUAAUGUGGAUUAUUAAAAUACUGGAUAGUACAGAGAUUCAUGUAUAUAUUCUUUUGUUGUCAUUGAGUGUGUGAAAUAAACAUAUAGAACUUGUUUUAUUUUCA